GGGAGGGUCAGGCAGACUGCCCGCAGGCAUGCAGAUUGUCCAGCUGUUUAAUCACGCAUGCGCAACCCGCAGCUAAGCGACGGAAUCCGCCAGCGCCACGCGCCACCAGCUGAGAAGCCUCUGCGCUGCGUUAAAAGAACUGAGGUGGUUGGAUUUGGAGAAAGGCGCUGACAAGAGCAGUGGCAACAACAUGGCGGACAUGACAGCGGAAGAGAUCACUAAGCGGGCCAACCAGGUCACGGAUGAGUCACUGGAGAGUACAAGAAGAAUGCUGCGGUUGGCAGAGGAGAGCCAUGAGACGGGGGUGAACACCGUGACCAUGUUGGACGAACAGGGUGAGCAACUCAAGAACGUAGAACAAGGCAUGGACCAAAUCAACCAGGACAUGCAUGAGGCUGAGAAGAACCUGACUGACCUCUCCAAGUGCUGUGGCUUGUGUGUUUGUCCCUGGAAUAGAGUGGCAUCGAUUGAACAUGAUGCGAGGUACAGGCAGACCUGGGGCCUGGGCAUCGACAAUGCCGGCGGCCCCACUGCAGAUGCAGUCGAUGGGGGGAAUCCCACAGUUUUGUCCAGCCAGCCCCCCAGCAUCCACAACGGCAUGCCCACCUCCGCAGCACCCUCAGGGCCAUACAUAAAGAGGAUCACCAAUGAUGCUCGGGAGGAUGAGAUGGAGGAGAACUUGGGUCAGGUAGGAAAUAUCAUCGACAACCUGAAGUCUUUGGCCAUCGACAUGGGCACGGAGAUCGAUAAGCAGAACAAACAGAUCGACCGCAUUACCGACAAGGCUGAGAUUAAUAAGGCACGCAUUGAUGACGCAAACCAGAGAGCCAACAAACUCAUCAAAUAGAGUACAGAACAGCUUGUUCUGUCUUCCAGUACCAGCUCCCCAUUUUAUCUCUCAUCCAUCUAGCUCAUGAAGACUUUUGUCUUGGACAAAGAGAGAGGUUUAUGUGGUAUGGUGUCAGGUCCUGAAGAAGCCGGCUCCCACCAAAUGUUGCCUUAUCGUUCUAAAUAACAUGCAAAAUUCAGGGUUGUAUUAUGUCCAAUGUUCCUUUAACUCCUAAAAUGGAAUGGAACUUAAAACAUGUUUCCAGUCAUAUCAUUCAUCAUUCUUUUUGUGUGUGGAGGCUAAACUCACAUUGUUUUUAUUUAGAGUAAAAUAACACAAUAAUCCGUAUGACUCUGACCAGAGUAAGUGGUUAGAAGAGGGAUGGAUGGAUAUUAAAAUGAUUAUGUGCAAUUAAGUGGUUCUUUCUUGCUCUUAUUGCCAAAAUGGUUAGUCUACAAUAUGGAAUAUUGUCCAUUUCUAAUAAUGUAAAUUUUAAAUUGUUUCAAAUUUGGACAGUUGUAUAACUUUCAGUCCUGUGUAGUCAGCCUCCAUACUUUAUUGCAGGUGGAUCAUUUUCAUUAUUGGGUAUGCCUGUGUUUUAGACCAGAAGUGCUUUGAAGGCUUAUUUCUGUUUGAUUUGCAUGGCUAUACUGUACAAGCAGCUUAGUCAUAGCAUUGUUCCAUUAUGAAGCCUGUACUGAACAAGCUCACUGUGACAGAGGGUAACAAACCUGAUUUUACUUGUUUAUCCAUUGUUCCUGUACUUGUACAGGCCUUAUUUAAAGGUCUUGACCACAUGAUGUAUAUCUUUACAACCUCACAAGUGAUAUUGUUUUUGUGACGUAUUUUAGUUUAAAUUCAGUUGCCAUUAUCUUAAAAAAAUGUGUUGUAUGUUCCAAAUGUUUGUGAAAUAGUCUCGUCUAAAAUGGUAGACCUCCUUAAUUUAAAACAGAAUGUAGAAUAUCUGUAGGUGAAUGUUAGAAAAUAAUUCUCUGAUGAGGAAACGCCACAUGGUGGAAUCGGGCUGCGUUGUAACAGCCGUGUACCCACAUGUUUCCUUCGUGUGACUGAGAGAUCAUCCCUGCUGUCCCUGAAAAGCUGAAUCUUUUAAAUAAUUAGGUUCCUUUCAUUUUAUAUGUGUUAAUAACUCUGCUGAAUGCAAUCGCUAUCAUAUAUAUGACUAAAACGAAACAUAAUCUGAUCUUGGGCCAGCUGAUUGUAAAAGAUUUCAGUUUUUACAGGCAAUUGUCAAAUGAGGUAGCCAUAGCUAGCCAUAAUUAUGUAAUUACAUGCGCGAUGUCAGCAGUUUGCAUAUGAUGCUCGCACAUGAAGUAAUUUAGGUCAUUUUAGAAUUCAGUAUGUGAAUAUUGUUUUUAUAUAAGCUGUUUAAAUGUGCAUAUUUAAUUUUUCUUCACUUUAUAAAUUAGCGUUUCUGCCUCCCUGUUAAGUGCAAAGUUCUAAACGUAUUAAUAAAGUAUUAAAAUUAU